UUAUUGAUUGACCAGUGUCUAAAAUUAUGAAACUUUUGUUGUUUAUUAAAGUUACAUUUUUAUUAAUUUCGUCAUUUGAAUGUUCAACCGAACCAAUGCAACCCUUACGCUGUUUUGAAUGCACAACUGGGCAAUGCGAAAUGCCGCUCGAUUCAGUUUAUUGUUCGAACCACACUUUGCUUUCAAACUGGAAAAUGCUCUUGGAAUAUGAGGGCUAUGAUAUUAUUGAUAAGGAAGAACUAGAUGAACUGCUAAAACCUAUGAGAGCGGGAAACCAUUAUAGGUGUUUUACUAUGGUAGGUCGAACCUCAGAAGAUGACCUUCAUGCCAACGUUUACAAAGGUUGUACCAAUCAGGAGCUAUGCAAGCCAUUAGUUAAAGUAGUUUUAGUAGAUGACUCUGAGUGUACUUUAUGUGCUAUGAAGGAUAAUUGUAAUACAACUCCAUCAAAGAUUCGACCACUAAAAAUUGAUUAUAUAUUUGUAUUCACUUUUUUAAUUCUAUAUAGGUAAAAAUCGUUUAUUUCACCAGCGGUUAUUAAGAUAAGCCUUUAAAAUGUUUUGAUUAUAAAUAAAUAUUUUUUUAAUAUCCUUUAUAACUUAAAUAGUAUCAAAAUAAAGCUGUAAUGCAAAAAAGCAGAA